AUGCGCAAGGGCACAGGACACGAGGCCUGGCUACAGCCAUCUUCCACCCACCCAGGGUCCCUAUUUGGGAAAGCAAUCCAAGCUCUAUCACGAAUUAGUGACGAGCUGUGGCUAGACCCAUCAGGAAAAGGUCUUGCUCUAAGAUCUGUGAAUUCUUGUCGAUCAGCAUAUGGAUGUGUUCUGUUCUCUCCUGUGUUUUUUCAACAUUAUCAGUGGUCAACCUCAGUGAAAAUGAAUGAUAAUGACACAACAUUGAAUUUUUUGAAUUGCAAAUUGGGAAUGAAGUCAAUUCUGCCCAUCUUUAGAUGUCUGAAUUCUCUCGAAAGGAAUGUAGAGAAGUGCAAAAUAUUCACCACAUCUGAUAAAUGCAAAAUAGUUAUUCAAUUCUUCUGCAGACAUGGUAUUAAAAGAACUCAUAAUGUGUUUUUCCAAGAAAGUCAGCCUUUGCAAGUUAUUUUUGAAAAGAAUAUGUGUGCUAAUACACUAGUGAUUCAGCCAAGAUUGCUUGCUGAGGCAAUUGCUCAUUUUACGUCAAGUCAAGAGGAAGUUACUCUUGCGGUUACUCCACUGAAUUUUUGCCUCAAGAGUUCUAAUGAAGAAUCAAUGGAUUUGACCAAUUCUGUGCAUAGUGAGAUGUGUUUUGGCACAGAUGAGUUUGAAUUCUUUCAAAUUGGAGUGGACACUGAAAUAACAUUUUGCUUCAAAGAAUUGAAGGGAAUGCUGUCAUUUUCAGAAGCUACACAUACUCCUAUAUCCAUUUAUUUUGAUUUUCCUGGGAAACCUAUGGCUUUAAGUAUUGAUGAUAUGUUAUUGGAAGCUAACUUUAUUUUGGCUACAUUAGCUGAUGAGCCAAGUAGGGCAUCUUCUCCACAAUCACUGUGUUGUUCACAGAAACGAAAAAGGUCAGAUCUGACACUGUCAAAUUCAGAGGCUGCUAAAAAUGAAACCAGCCAGGCCUUGGAGUCUAUCUCAAGAAAAUCAGCACCCAGAAGUCUUUAUCCUAAUGAGACUGUCACAAACAUCUCUGCAUUGGAAAACUGUGGCAGCCCUAUAAUGAAAAGAGCAAAUGGAGACAUCAGCAGCAUCAGCAACACAGAGGAAAUGCCAGGGUCUUCAUAUCUGAGGAAGUUUUCUUGCAUGUUCUUUGGAGCAUUUUCUGCUGACCAGCAAGAACACUUCAACCACCCUUUCGACAGUCUGGCAACAGCAAGUGACAGCGAAGAGGACAUCAGCAAUGGCAGUCUCUCCACAUUCUAAUACUUAAUGAUGCUGAGCUGGCCCCCAGCCCAUUUCCAGGCUCACUUGCACCUUGAGCUCGAGUUUUCACUUAGUAAAUGAUAUUGUCCAGGACUUCCUUGAAAUGGAGGGUGGUCUUCUGCUUUUCCGAUUGACAUCAUCUGUAUAAAACCUACGUUUAGAAAUACCUGCUUGCCAACUGUAUAUAAUUUACUUUAAAAUCUAUGAUGCUAUUUGAGAGGUAGAAGAGUUUUCUGUGCAGGAAAAAAGCCCAUUAGAGUUCUUUAAUUCAAUGCACGUUCUCCUUAGCACUUAAAAUUUUUUUUUGCCAGUUUUAUAAUGGUAUUUGAACUUUCUUCAGCAGCCAUUUGGAAUGCAUCAAGAUGGCUUGAAACAGAGUUUUGUGAUUGUAGAAAGGUAUCUUUUGUAUUUGAUUGCAAAUAUUUGGGUUUUGGUGCUUUCAGAAAUAGCCAAAAAAUUAUGCCGUCUUUUCUCAUGACUCUCUUUUGU